ACAGAGCUUCUACGUUUGCCGGUCGUUAUGCGUUGGUUUGUAUUUAUGACUGGAGCGCUGAGAGACCCUCCAAUGGAUUUCAGCUGGAAGAGGACAUGCAUAUCCAAGCUGAUGUCAGCACUGGGAACCACACAGCUGUGUGGCCACCUUGGGCCCAGACAGGGAUUCCUCUCCCCUCUGUGCUGUCAUGACUUUAAUGACUGCCUGUUGGAUGGGAGAUCAGAUGACACCAUCUCAGCCUUCAUAUCUCCCAGGCCCAGGCAGGACAUGCUGAAAUUCAUGGUGGAUGCAUUCAGGUUUGCAGGAGACACAAGCAACUUGAUCUACAUCACCUGCCAUUUGAAUGUCACCUCAGCUGACCAAGCUCCAGAUCCCUUGAACAAGGCUUGUUCCUUCAACAAAGCCGGCAAUGUUCUCCAGUGGAAGGCAUCAGAAACAUCUGCAGCUUCUGUGAGACUGGGAACUGUGGACAACUUGCACUGACCAGGAGAGUGAACCCUCUGGACAGCUGUCCAGGAAGGUGCUUCCAGAGAGAGAUGUCUUCUAGGAAUGGUGAGUUGUUUAAUGCACUGUGCUUACUGAAUGGGGUGGCCAUGUCUUCCAGUUGAGAUGGUACCAUUCAGACUGUCAAGGGCUGUCAUCCCAAAUCCAGAGUUGAGAGGAAGGACUGGACUGGGACUUGGGGAGAGGCUAAGAGUCAGGAUCAGGCCCCCAUCUGACCCUGGGUGAGUCAUGCAGUCGUACCUCCUUCCCCCCAUCUAUAAAAGAAACUCUUAUUAACCCUGAUCUCCCAGGAGCUGAGGACUAGUGGCCUAAAGAAAAUGCGCCCCAUGAAACCAUUCCACUCAGACGUGAGUGUUUUACUAAACUUCAUUCAC